CGAAGCAAAGAUGAAGUUUCUUAUUCUACUGGCCUUGUUUGGAGUGGCAUUCGCUGCCCCUGUUGAGGACGACGAUGACAAGAUUGUGGGAGGGUACGAGUGCGGGAAGAACUCUGUGCCCUACCAGGUGUCCCUGAACGCUGGAUAUCACUUCUGUGGAGGCUCUCUCAUCACCAGCCAGUGGGUGGUGUCUGCAGCUCACUGCUACAAGUCCCGCGUCCAGGUACGUCUCGGUGAGCACAACAUCGCCACCAACGAGGGCACCGAGCAGUUCAUCGACUCCGCCCUGGUCAUCAGGCACCCCAGCUACAACAGCCGCAACCUGGACAACGACAUCAUGCUGAUCAAGCUGAGCAGGGCCGCCGCCCUCAACAGCUACGUUCGCACCGUGUCCCUGCCCAGCAGCUGCGCCGGCGCCGGCACAAGCUGCCUGAUCUCCGGCUGGGGCAACACCCUCAGCAGCGGCAGUGACUACCCCGACCGUCUGAGGUGCUUGAACGCUCCCAUCCUCAGUGACAGCAGCUGCAGAAACUCCUACCCUGGACAGAUCACCUCCAACAUGUUCUGCGCCGGCUUCCUGGAGGGAGGCAAGGACUCCUGCCAGGGUGACUCUGGUGGCCCCGUGGUGUGCAACGGUCAGCUCCAGGGUAUUGUGUCCUGGGGAUAUGGCUGUGCCCAGAGGAACAAGCCUGGUGUCUACGCAAAGGUCUGCAACUACAACCGCUGGAUCCAGAGCACCAUUUCCUCCAACUAA